CAAUCGGGGCACAACAACAGCGAUGACGCGCCUAGUCACUACGGCUGCGCGUAGGGGAGACAGCUGAUAACUCAUCUAUUAUGCUACUCGGCUAAAUCCAAAUCAUCCCGGAACGUGAGCCGAGGCCGCCGUUGGACUCGCCGGAGGACCGAAGCCCAAAGUCGUACGAUGGGAGUUUGUCUCCUGGAGGGAAAGGUCCAGCUGAAGGCGCCACGCAAUUGAGCCAAAGGCACCCGCCCGCCUGCUCGCCCGCUGUCCCGUCCGCCCCUUCGGACCACCUUCUGCCGUUUCCCCACCCCUCCUGCGGUCAGACGCUGCAUCCCCACGCCGCGCCAGCGCGCCGCCGUCCACCAUGUCGGACGCCCCCGAGGCCGCCCCUGCGAGCCCCCCGGCCCUCAGCAACCCGCCGCCGCCAGAGGUCACCAACCCCACCAAGCCCGGCAGGAAGACAAACCAGCUGCAGUACAUGCAGAACGUGGUGGUGAAGACGCUGUGGAAGCAUCAGUUUGCGUGGCCUUUCUACCAGCCCGUGGACGCCAUCAAGCUGUGCCUGGCGGACUACCACAAGGUGAUCAAGAACCCGAUGGACAUGGGCACCAUCAAGAAGCGUCUGGAGAACAACUACUACUGGAGCGCCAGUGAGGCCAUGCAGGACUUCAACACCAUGUUCACCAACUGCUACAUCUACAACAAACCAACAGACGACAUCGUGCUAAUGGCGCAGGCGCUGGAGAAGAUAUUUCUGCAGAAGGUGGCUCAGAUGCCUCAGGAGGAAGUGGCGCUGCUGCCGCCCGCCCCCAAAGGCAAGAACAAGAGCAAGCAGGUUCCUGGCACCGCCGCCCUAGCUAGAUCGCAAAGGACCGUUGUUAGCCCGGCGCCAGACGGCCGCUCGCUCACAGUCCACCGCCUUUGCGUGUCAGUGAGUCAGCAGGCGGAGUCGUCGGCGUCGCCGCCGUCUUCCUACCCCUCGCCCUCCCAGACGGCCGUCAUUUCCGCCACCCCCACAAACGUCCAGCCGCCGCCGCCCGUGCCGCCGCCCGCCGCCAUGAUGCCGUCCGCUCAACCCGUUGUCAAGAAGAAGGGCGUGAAGAGGAAAGCGGACACCACCACGCCCACCACGUCAGCCAUCUCAGCCAGCCGCGCCGACUCGCCCACCGCGCAGGACGUCAAACCCGCCAAGCUGGCCUCGGCCCGCCGGGAGGCCGCCGCCCGCCCCGCCAAAGCGCGACGGGAGGCGGGCGAGGAGCCGGAGACUGUCGAUGCGGGCGGGGCGCCCGCCGGUGGCCGCAAGGGAGGCAAGCCUGGAGAGCAGAUGAAACACUGCGACGCCAUCUUGAAGGAGAUGCUGUCCAAAAAGCACGCCGCCUACGCCUGGCCCUUCUACAAGCCCGUCGACGCCGAGGCCCUGGAGCUGCACGACUACCAUGACAUCAUCAAGCACCCCAUGGACCUCAGCACCGUCAGGAAAAAGAUGGACAAAGGCGAGUACGGCGACCCUCAGAGCUUCGCCACCGACGUCAGGUUAAUGUUCUCCAACUGCUACAAGUACAACCCCCCCGACCACGAAGUGGUGGCCAUGGCGCGCAAGCUGCAGGACGUGUUCGAGAUGCGCUUCGCCAAGAUCCCGGACGAAGGCGUGGAGGCGUCGGCGCCGUCCACGACGCCAUUGGUUAGUAAAAGCACGGCCUCGUCCGACAGCAGCAACAACUCCUCCUCAGACGAGUCGUCCGACUCGGAGGAGGAGCGCGCCACGCGCUUGGCUGAGCUACAGGAGCAGGUUGGUGCUGCCGGCCAAUCCCAGGUCCAGAACUUCUACUCGUCUCCUCCUCCGGCUAGCGCUAACGGGUUUAACCGGACGCUAACGAGCUUUUCCCUCCAGCUGAAGGCUGUGCACGAGCAGCUGGCCGUCCUGUCGCAGGCGCCCGUCAGCAAGCCCAAGAAGAAGAAGGAGAAGAAGGACAAGGACAAGAAGAAAGACAAGGCCGACAAAAGCGCCGCCAAGGCCAAGCCUGACGACGACAAGAAGCCCAAGGCCCAAGCUCAGCAGCCCAACAAGGCCAAUCAGAAGAAAACACCAGCGCGUAAAGCCAACAGCACCGUCACUGCCGCCAGACAAGCCAAGAAGGGCGCCAAGGCGGCCGGGGGUGGCUCGGCCAACGGCGACGACGGCGGCGAGGAGUCGUCUUCUCUGCCCAUGUCGUAUGACGAGAAACGCCAGCUGAGUCUGGACAUCAACCGGCUGCCCGGAGAGAAGCUGGGCCGCGUGGUGCACAUCAUCCAAUCCAGGGAACCUUCCCUGAGGGACUCCAACCCCGACGAGAUCGAGAUCGACUUUGAGACCCUCAAGCCGUCCACGCUCCGAGAACUGGAGCGCUACGUCAAGUCUUGCCUGCAGAAGAAGCAGAGGAAGCUCUUGCAGAAGCAAGCUGGAGGUGGGGCAUCGGGGGGCGGGGCCAGUCGUUUGAGUGGCAGCUCAUCUUCCUCGUCUGAUGACAGCUCCUCGACGGGAACGUCCUCUUCGUCAGACACAGACUGAACUCUCCGGACUUGUUCCAACCCCCCCCACCCCCACACACACACACACACACAAAAUAUAUAAAUAUAGACACUCAAGUACACACACAGAUGUAUGUACAUAAGCUGAGCUGUUUUUUAGCAUCUAUCUAGUCUUUGUUUUUGAAUUUUGUUCAUUGUGGAGGAAAAGAAAGCCGACACGUUUGCCGUCAGAAGAAUGGCCUGGGGGGCGGGGGGCACGCCACAUUGGGGGAGGCAUGGCAGCGAGUUUCCGUGACAGACACUUUUGAGUCAAUGAAAAGCCUUUGUAAUGUUGCCACCUGCCUCUGCCAACCCCCCCCCCCACUAACACUACCGCCAAACACCGCUGCGAGAGGGGAACAAGUUUUUAAUCUUUCAAAUUUUACGUUCUUAAUCAUCAUCAAUGUCCUCGUCCCAUCGGUCAGGUCACGCCAGCCGGCCACGUGCGACGGGCGGGUGGGCAGGGCCGGUUUUGUUUUUAGUUGCUCUAGUUAAUUUUGUAUUUUACUAAGAAAAAGGAAAAGAGUGAUUUGAUGUGUUUGCAUGCACUCCGUCGGGCCGUACGUCAGCACUGUAUAGUAGCUUCCUGUAUAGUCACUUCUCGUCAAGUAGCUUCCCGUGUAGUCCCCGUGCUACAUGCGUGUGCUACGCGCCAACACGCGAGAAGCUAGAAGAAAAAAAAAAGUUAUUUGGUGUAAUUACUGAUAUGGGAUCCUUAUUUUCUGACUUCCUUUCUUUUCAUAAAUAAACACGUAACGUGA